GAUUUACUUUCAUGAGUUUCAUUUGAUUUUCAUGUUAAAUUGUUGCCAAUUGAACUAAAUUAACACAAUUUUUAAAUAAUUAAUCAACUCUAACCUUUCAUUGUUUUAUAAUCUGUUACCAUUAAUUUACCGUUAGUUUUACUGUUGUUUUUUUAAUCCUAAUGACGAGAUAACAAACACUAUUGAAUUUUAAUGUUAAAUGUUAAAUUAGAUGAAAUUAAACAAUUAACUAACUAAUUAACAAGGAAAAAAGUCCCAUUUAAAUAUAUAAAAAGUAAUUAAAACCAAAUUGAAUCAACAAGUUUUUAUGUAAUACAAACGUUUUUGUCUGAACGUAUCAUCGUCGUCAUCAGUAAAUUGUAAAUCGUUAAUCAUGUCGUGUUUUGAUUGUGAUGAAUCGAUUGGCCAUAAAUCAUCUCGAUCUAAUCGUGCUGUUCAUCGUCUUCUAUUGGCCUUACUAACGGUCUCAAUAAUUGCCGCUUUAGUGCUAUUUGUUACUCUCUAUGCUUCAUCUUCAUUUGCUCAAGUUAAUUUUUUGGGUAAAUUUGUUUCUGAUCAACAAUUAGGAGUCUACAAUCAAGCAGCCAUUUCAACGGAUGGUCCUGGUUGUGCUAAAUACGGAAGAAAAUUAUUGGAACGCAAUGGGACUGCAAUGGACGCCGUGAUCUCCGUGCUGCUUUGUAUGGGUGUUGUCAUACCCGAAAGUUUAGGACUUGGUGGGGGAGUUUUCAUUGUUUACUAUAAAAAAGAUGAAAAUAAGGCUUAUGUCAUCGAUGGUCGGGAAACUGCCCCAGCGGCGGCAAAAGCGGACAUGUUUGCCGCAAAUCCUAAAGAAUCAGUCAAUGGUGCAAAAGCAAUGGGUGUUCCUGGAGAACUGGCAGCUUAUUGGAGAGGUCACAGUGAGUUUGGUCACUUGAAGUGGUCAGAACUUUUCGAAGGUGCGAUCGAUAUCGCCAGUAAUGGUUUUCCUAUGCACGAUCAUCUCUACGAAGCAUUUAGAAAGAGUCAAUAUUUCAGGAAUGAUCCAUUAAUCCAAAACUUAUUCACUAAUCCAGCGACUGGACAACCGUACAGACUUGGUGAGACCAUGAAGAGACCUGAUUUAGUGAAGACUUUUAAUAAAUUGAAGGAAACUGAUGUUAAUGAAUUUUAUCGAGGAUCCAUGGGGAAAACUCUGGUCAAAGAGAUUCAAAAUCUUGGUGGAAUCAUAACUGAACAAGAUUUCGCUGAUUAUCGUGCCAACUUUUACGAAUCAGUUAACAUAAGUUUACCCAAUGGAUUAAGACUUUACUCUGUUGACCCUCCCGGAAGUGGACCUUUACUCGGUUUCAUUCUGAAUGUUUUCCUACGUACUGGUAAAUUAAAUCCUAAUGUUGGUCAGUCUCUUGAAGACUCAACACUUUAUUACCAUCGAUUCAUUGACUUUAAACAUGCUUAUGCCACACGAACGAAACUUGAAGAUCGUAGUUUUGGUCGAAUUGAGGAAACUCUCAAGAAAUUAUCAUCACCCGAAUAUGUCCAAUCCAUUGUGAGCAAGAUUAACGACGAACGGACUUACCCGGUAAAUCAUUACGAUGGUUCCGUUACAAUCACCGAGGAUCAUGGCACCUCUCAUGUCUCAGUAGUUGAUCAAUAUGGUAAUGCUGCGGCUGCAAGUUCAACCGUGAAUAUUUACUUUGGGAAUGGGAUCGUCUCGCCAUCUACAGGAAUCAUUUUCAACGACGAGAUGGAUGAUUUUUCAUCCGCUAAUUUAACAAACUCUUACGGUGUUGCCCCGUCAGCUUUUAAUCACAUUGAACCAGGAAAACGACCUUUCUCAUCAAUGUGUCCCUCAAUUAUUGUUGACAAUUCAGGUCAGGUUAUGAUGACCGUUGGUGCAAGUGGUGGAACUCAAAUCACUACUGCAGUGGCUCUUACAAUUGUCAGAACUUUGUAUCUUGGUGAAAAUAUCAAACAAUCAAUUGAUGCCCCUCGAAUUCAUCAUCAAUUUUCACCCAACACAAUUAAACACGAAUCUACUUUUCCUUCCAAUAUACUCACUGAAUUGAAAGAGAAAGGUCAUGAUACAAGUGUCAUCACCGGAAGGUCAUCAGUUGUGAUGGGGAUAAGUCGCAAUGCUGCUGGACAAUUGACAGCGAACUCAGAUUAUCGUAAAGGAGGAUCAGUAGACGGAUUUUAGUGACAAUUUAACGAAUACUUUUUAGUAUGUCAACUUUGUAAAUUACAAUCGAAACGAAGUAAAUUAAACUUUUUCGUUAUUUAUUGAACAAUCAAAA